UGUGCCAGACCCCCUCCCCCAGGGGAGUGGGUGCAUUCCUGGCAGUCUCUGCCACCCCCUAUCCCCUGUCCCCUUUGUGCUCCUGUCCCAAACUGCUUCCUUCACUCCCCUCUGUCUCCAUGGAGACCCGGGUGCCUUCCCAUAACCCAGGCUGCCGCAUGGGACCUGCAACCAGCUCGGCCCCAUCCCCAGCUGCCCCUUGCCCUCCGCAGCUCUCAGCGAGAAGGAGACGUUCCUGGUGCUCUCACUGCACAACAAGCUGAGGAGCAAAGUGCAGCCGCCCGCAGCCAACAUGCAGAAGUUGGUGAGUGCCCCAGACCCAGCAUUCAUCAGGGACUGAUCCUCUGAGGUCCCCAACAUCUUGUGGUGGCCCUCAGAUACCCCAGUGCUUACCCAAUACCCACUGAUGGUCACCAGUCGUCUCCUGGUUGUCCUCAGUCAUCUUUUGGUGGUUCCUCAUCUUCUUGUGGUUGCCCAACAUUCCCUGGUGGUCCACAGUCAUCCCCUGACGGUCACCCAGCACCCUGUGGUGGUCCCCAACCAUCUACCAAUAGUCCCCAACCAUCUCCUCGUGGUCCCCAACCAAUCCUUGUUGGUCCCCAGUCAUGGCCCAGUUGUUUCCAUUCAUCUCCUGAUGGUUUCUCAACAUCCUCCCUGAUGAUACCCAGUCAUCUCCUGUUGGCCAACCAUAGAACCAGUAGAACCAUAGAAUGGCCUGGGUUGAAAAGGACCAAAAAGGACCUCAAAGAUCACCUGGUUCCAACCCCCUUCCACAGGCAGGGCCACCAACCACUAGACCAGGAUGUCCUAGUCACGUCCUGCUGGUCCCCAGGCAACUUUCAGUUGUCCCCAGUUAUCCCCUCAUGGUCAGACAUGUCCUAAUGGUCCCCAGUUAUCUCCUGAUGAUUGCCCAAUGUCCUCCCUGGUGGUCCCUGCCCAUCUUCUUGUGGUCCCCACUCAUCCUCUCCUGGUCAGUCACGUCCUAGUGGUCCUCAAUCAACUCUCAGUUGUCCCCUGUCACCUUCUUGCUGUCUCCUGGUAGUCAACCAUGUCCUGAAGGUCCCCAAACAUCUGAUGGUUCUCAAUCACCUCCAUGUGAUCCUCAGUCACACUUUGGUCUUCAGAUACAUUCCAGUGGUCCCCAGUCAUCCACUAAUGCCUCUGGUGGUCACCCAACAUUCCCUGCCCAUCUGUUACAUCCAAGUAUUCCCUGGUGAUUCCCAAACACCUCCUGCUCACCCAACACCCCCUGGUGACCCCCCACUCAAUUCCUGCAGUCCCCAACCACCCCCUUGGUGCCUCCACCAUCUCCCAUUGCCCACCAGUGCCCCCAGCCCGGUGUCCCAGCAGGAGUGGAGUGAGGAGCUGGCACAGCUGGCGGUAGCACGGGUGGCAACCUGCCUGGAGGGUCCCAGUCCUCCAUCAGCCCCACAGCUGGGCUGGAGCGAGGCCUUGCUGCCGGUGGGAGCCGGGGGCUUCGUCGAGCUGCUGGAGCGCUGGUUCGCCGAGGGCCGACGCUAUGACUAUGGGGCAGCACGUUGCGCAGGUAGCGCUACCUGCCGCCAUUACACACAGCUGGUGUGGGCCACAGCGGGGCGGCUGGGCUGCGGCAGGCAGAUGUGCACAGGGAGCAGGGGCCGGAGCCAGGCAUUCGCCUGCGCCUACUCACCUGGGGGGAACUGGGAGCUGGAUGGAGCCCCCAUCGCCCCCUACCAGCACGGACCCUGGUGCUCGCUGUGCACCGCCGGCCUCUCCGGCUGCUUCAAGUCCUGGGACCACAGUGGUGGGCUCUGCGAGGUCCCCAGGAACCCGUGUCGCAUGAGCUGCAGGAACGGAGCACACCUCAACGUCAGCAGCUGCCAGUGCGUCUGUGCACCCGGGUACACGGGGCGCUUCUGCCAAGUGCGGUGCAGCGUGCGGUGCCUCCAUGGGAAGUUCCGGCAGGAGGAGUGCUCCUGCCUCUGUGAUGCCGGCUAUGGCGGUGCUGAGUGUGGCAGUGAGUGGGGGCUGUGCCCGCCGGGGGGUCCCUUUGCCCCAGCACCCACCUGUGCCCCACCUGUGCCCACAGCCAGGGUCCCAUUCCCAUUCCACGCCUGUGAUGUGAGGAUCGAUGGCGACUGCUUCACUAUUUCCCCCGAGGCUGACACGUACUAUGGGGCCAAAGCCAAGUGCCAGGAGAAAGGGGCGAUGCUGGCCCAGAUCAGGAGCCAGAAGGUGCAGGACAUCCUGGCCUUCUACCUCAGCCGCCUGGAGAGCAGCAACAGGGUGAUGGACACCGACUUUGACACCCGUAACUUCUGGAUUGGUCUCACCUACAAGACAUCCAAGGCUUCGUUCCGCUGGGACACGGGAGAGCCUUCUGCCUUCACCAGCUUUGCUUUUGGGCAGCCGGACAACCAGGGGUGGGUGCCCAUCUCCAGCUCCUAUAGGAGGCUCAAUGACCUCUGUGCCAUCACCCUGCCCCUCUCCUCUUCCUCACAGCUUUGGGAACUGCGUGGAGAUGCAGGCAGCAGCUGCUUUCAACUGGAACGACCAACGCUGCAAGACCCGGAACCGAUACAUCUGCCAGUUCGCCCAGGAGCACAUCUCCCGAUGGCAGCGGGACCCCUGAGCAGGUAUCUCCAGGCUGUGGGACAGAUGUGGCACCGGGACCGGCAGAGAAGGGUGUGUGUUGUGUAUCAGCAUCCCAAAGCUGCUCCUCGCCUUCCUUGGGGCAGGGAGAUGCAGUGAGGUGCCAAGGGCUGCGCACUGCAGGUUCCUCGUGGCCGGGAUAAUAAAGCCCUCUCUCCGGGAUAAUAAAGCCCUCUCUCCGUUUGGAAGA